UCUCGGCGGUCGGGCUCCUACCAUCCUAUAAAAAUGGAUGCCCACCAAAGACCAAGACAUCAUUCCUCUUGUGCAUUUCAAUCCAAGCGAACUUCUCCUACAACAUGUUGAGCUACUCUGCCUUGCUCGUCGUCUCAAGUGUGGCCGUGAUGCUGAUGGAUAGCGGCGUCGGAGCGCAAAACACGUACUAUUUCCGUAAUGCUGCGUCGGCCAGCCGUUUCAGGCAGAGCACUCCGUCCGUCAGCCGCAAUGUUCACAAGCCACACACCUCGUUCUCCGCCUUCAAUCCGGUAGUGGCCAGAAGCAACAACGCAUGGGGCUGGCCGGCAGCUGCGCAACAACAGAACAGAUGGAGGAUCAAUUUCGACAACUCCAUCGAAGAUAAUUCGAUCGAAUCGUCCGAGUCCAGGUUCCGUCAUCGCUCCGUUUUACCGCGGGCUCAGAGGCACUCCGUCACUAACAACUUUCAGGGCAGCAACGCGUGGAACCGUCCAGCAGCUGUUCCCGUCCGACAACAACAAACCAGAUGGAACGUGCGCCAUUCCGAUGAAAAUGAUUCGUUCGAAUCUCGUGAAAACAGACGCUGGUGGUAGUCGGACCCCUUUUUUUUUAUUUUCUAAAAAAAAUUUUUUUAUGUACGUGGUGGGUUUACCCUUUUCUUUAGAAGACUCUUUUUUUUUUUUUUUUUUUUUGAAAGAGGAGAAUCAGACGGAUGUUCCAGCAUCUGGGAUUCUUUGAAGGGAAGGGAAACGUGAGAGCGCGGCAGCCAUUUUUUGACACCUGGCAAACGAUGCGCUUCAUUUCCCUCCUCCUCCUCAAAAAAAAAAAUAGUUUUUGAAUGGUACGCCUUUCUCUUUUUCUUGUUUGAUCGCGGGAUAUUAGAGAGGAUUUCUUCUUUGAGGUGUGUAGCGUCGUUUUAUUACAUAAACUAAGACGCCUUAAAAAAAAACGUUAGAAGUUUUCCUUUUUGUAUUCUGGCCUCCUCCACGAAGAAAGAACAGAAAUGAGAUCGAUAACUGUGGAGGACGAAGCAAUUAAGCAGUGAAUAAUAUAUGGUCAUGGAACUCGGUGAACACGAAGUACAAAAGCUCUCUUUUCACGUAAAAAAGAGGUUUUUUUAUUAAGUAAAAAGUGAAAGUUUCUCUCGAAAUACAUCCCCGAGAUUCAUCCGAUAUCUGUUUUGCCUUGUUUUGCCAGCUGUACCUGUUCUAUAAUAAUACACCACUUAUGACGAAA